AUGUUGCGAUGGGCGGGGCAAUGGGUUCAAGCACGUGGGUCCGUCGUGUCAGGAGCGGAUUGCUCACGGGCAACGUUGAAUGGUAUGAUGGCGAGUCAAUGCCGGGUUGAACACGUGUUGCAGCCCUCUCGGAUUAAAGAGCAUACUGUACGAUAAAUCAGACGAUUGGUUGGUGCUCUGAAAUUGCAAU